CUCCAAAAGGACCAAAAACCCCCGCAACCCCUCGAACGCUCUCGUCCUCGCCUGCUCCCACUUCUCUCCCCUUUGCUUCUCAUGGCAGCCAACGCCGCGGCCGCGGCCUCUCCGGAGGGCGGAGGCGGAGGCGCGCGCCUGGAAGCCGUAGCCAUGGACAAAGUGGCGGAGGCGGCUGACGCAGUCGCCGCAGCGUCCACCGCCGGCGAGGUGGUCCGCGCGAUCCACGCCGUCGCCGUCCUCCUCUUCCCCGUGGACUCCGCCACCGUCGCUGGUACCGUGGACGAGCCCUUCAGAAGCCAGAUUACCAGUGUUGUCAGCCUCACCCAUGAUGAAAGGGAGUCUUGGAGGCGCGCUUUUUAUCAUGGUCCAGCAUUUCCUACUAUGUCUAAGAUAUUACUUGGCAAUAUUGCUUUGAAGUGGCUACGGAAGAUUCGCAGCUCUACGAGAAAAGAAAUCUACGAUUCAUUUUUUGUCAGAGGUCCUCCUACUGAAGUGAUUCAGGCUCUUGUUCCGGCUUUAUCUCAAAAUGAAGGCUCUAAGGAGGAUCAUAACAUUUUCUGUGUGAACAUUGAAAGGAUAUUAGUUCUAUGCUUGAUUGAGAAUAAGGGGGUGUGCCAGAUUGUUGAAGAGUUUACCUUUUCCAAUAAGCAAGAUGAUGGCAUUCUCAACCCAGAAAAAUCGACUUUCAUCUCAAGGGUUGCACAAUUACUUGCAUCUAUUCCAGAUAAAGCAACAAUGGGAGCCGCAUCUGCUCUUACAUCAUCAUCAUUCUUCAAGAGUGUUGUCAGCCAACUUCUUGUUCGAGCCGAAGAAGCAGCUAUCGAGUCAUCUGCUGGCAAAGAUGGCAAUGAACAGGGUGUGUUAAGUCCCGUGUUCCUCUUUGUGGGUCAAGUGCUAUCGCGUAUUAGCCGUCGUGGGUCUACUGGCGUUUUAGUUGCUGAAUUGAUUCCUAUGAUCCGUAAUCAUUUACAGAGAUGUGUAGCAUCAGAUCGUAAGACGAUAGUUCCUGACAUGGUCAAGAAUGUUUCUCAGUCUCGAUUUUGGUUCAAUGUGGUUGAAGCAUUGAGAGAUCAACAUUCUAUUGAAAGAUUGACUGAAGAGAUGUUGCUCCAACUCGCAUCACAACAUAUAAGUGAUGAAGAAGCUUACUGGAUUUUGUGGACACUGUUUAAUCAGAGUAUCAUGCAUAUGACUGUUAUGAGGGCAAUGUUUAUUGACAAAUUUUUGCUCCGGAAAACAUUUCCUUUAUGCUGCUUGAGAUGGAUUCUUCACUAUGCUGUCUUUGAGUUUCCACCAAAUUCAGUCAUGGAAACUCAGAUUCAAAAGACAUCAAACUUCAUAGUUACAUUGCAAACCUUAGUUAGUAUUUGGUCCAAGAAAGAGUUUGUUCAGUCAUAUUCAGUGGAGCAACAAGCUUAUAUCACUGCAGCAAUAGGGUUAUGUUUGGAGAACAUGUCAAAAAGAGAAUUAGAGAUGACUAAAGAUGUAUUGAAUUGUAUUCUUCAAGGAGUAACCUGUAGGUUAGAGAGCCCAAUUGAUUUAGUCCGGAAGAUGGCCAGUGCUGUUGCAUUGACAUUUUCUAAAAUUGUUGAUCCGAAAAAUCCUCUUUACCUUGAUGACGACUGUUCUGAGAAUGUUGACUGGGAGUUCGGGGUUCUUUCCCCAAAGAGGAUCAAAGCUCCUUCACAUGAUGUAGAACUUGGAAGCAAAUCAAAACCAUGUUCACGUGAUGAGAACAGGAGAAAUGCUGGUGAGAAAAAGGCAAAGGCUAUCAGGCAUGAUAUUUCAGACAACAGAGUAAAAAUCGUAGAGAUCAAAUCAUUAGAUUCUGAUGAAAUGUCUGGUGCUGCUACAAAUUUUGAGGAACACUGUGAUGAGGAAAGCAUGGACAUUGAUGCUUCCAGUGAUUCCUCGCUGGAGCCAUAUGAUCUAUCAGAUGAUGACACAGAUUUGCAGAAGAAUUUCACACAUCUAAGUGAUCUUGCUGCUGCACUACGAAAACCUGACGAUCUGGAUGGUGUUGAAAGAGCUCUUAGUUCUGCUGAAAAACUUGUGAGAGCAUCACCUGAUGAAUUGCGCCACAACGCAGGUGACCUUGUUCAAGCACUGGUGCAUGUACGUUGUUCUGAUGCUGCAGUGGAAGGCGAGGAAGAUUCUGCUGAAGAAAAGCGACAGAAGGCAUUAGUCGCCUUGCUGGUAACCAACCCAUUUGAAUCAUUAGAUGUUCUGACCAAAUUGCUAUACUCAUCGAGUGUGGAUAUAAGUCAGCGUAUUUUAGUUAUCGAUGUUAUGACUGAGGCAGCACAGGAGCUUGCUGAAACUAAAAUUAUAAAUAAACAACAGCGGCAUGGGAACUUAAUUUCUGAUACUUCCCCGUCCUGGUUGGUUCCUAGUGACAGAGGACCUCUUGGCGCAAGCCCUUGGAGAGAGGUCUCAGAACCAGGAUCACUUUUGAGUUGGUCACACCGUUAUGAAAGAGAAGUUCCGUCUAGAUCAGGUCAGGUUAAAUCAGGAAAAUCUCGCAAAUGGGGUCUCAGGAAAGCAAAAGAUUUGCAGGUGGAGGGGUCAAAAAACAAAUUUCCUUUGUAUGCUGCUGCGUUUAUGCUCCCUGUUAUGCAAGGAUAUGACAAAAGAAGACAUGGGGUGGACCUGCUCAAUCGGGACUUUGUUGUCCUCGGUAAAUUGAUAUACAUGCUUGGUGUCUGUAUGAAGUGCAUGGCCAUGCAUCCGGAAGCAUCAGCUCUUGCCCCAGCUCUUCUGGAUAUGAUAGGAUCUAGGGAGAUUUCACAGCAUGCUGAAGCAUAUGUGAGAAGGUCUGUGUUGUUUGCAGCUUCUUGUAUAUUGAUCGCUUUGCACCCGUCGUAUGUGGCAUCCAUUCUUAUAGAAGGCAACCGGGACAUUUCUACUGGUUUAGAAUGGAUACGCACAUGGGCCUUGCAAAUUGCUGAAGUUGAUCCUGAUACAGAGUGCACAUCGAUGGCCAUGAACUGCCUGCGACUACACUCCGAGAUGGUCCUUCAGACAUCACGCUCUUUGGAAUCCGCGGAACAUUCGAAGGCUGGCACCAGGGCCCUAUCUUCUAAGCUUGAUAACAUUAUAAUACCAUUUGCAAACAUGAUGUAGUGGUAAAAUUGUAAAGGGAAUUUUGCUCAUUUGUAUUAGUACACGUACAACAACUUUUUUUUGUUAAGGGUGUAUACUAGAGCAGCGAAUUCUGCCUAGAGGGUUUAUGCCUUUUCUCUAGCUAGCUAUUAACUUUUAUAGGGAAAUAGGGUUUAUGCCUCAAACUAGCGCAGUAAAGCCUGGUCUUGGACUUC